AUGGGCGUUAUUGAUAAUCGUGGAGUACCUGAAGAACCUGUUGUUUCCAAAAAGUCAGAACAAUUUUAUGAAAAAAAGUUGAUUAUCAAAUAUAUAGUUGAAACUGGAAAGAAACCUGUGACUGAUGAAGAUUUAUCUGAGGAAGAUCUAUUAGAAUUUACAUUAGUAAAUAUCAAAGUUCAACCACCUGCAGAUAUGUCUAUGUCUGAGACACAAGAGAUGCAGGGAUGUAAAAAAAGAAAGCCACCACCAAAUCUUACACCUGCUGAUACAAUCAAAACAUUUACUCAAAUUUCUACAAUUCCAGCUUUACACAAUUCCUCAAUGCCUGGAAUAUUAUUAUAUAUGGAUUUACAAAAGAACGUAGAUCAAACAGAAAAAUUAGUUUUAACAGGUGGCGUUGACAAAAAAGCAUUGAUUUAUAAUUGUAAAGAAGCAAGCACCGAUAAAAGUGUUAGAAAUUGGAAUAAUACCAAAGAAGGAUAUAAAGCAUCCAUUACCAUUUCAAUAAACAAUGCAGAAGUUACUGAAAAUAGUGAUGUAAAAGGUGGAACAGGUACAAAUGAUUCAAUUGUUAGAAUCUGGGAUAUAAAAGCACAACAAAAUGUUACAACAAUCGAAGGACACACAAGAAAAGUCAAAUCAUUGUCAUUUUCAAAAAAUGUAUAUUACUUGGCAACAAGUUCAAAUAAUGAAAAAAAAGAAUUACAUGACUUAUCAAAUCUUUUGCUUUCAAUGCAAAAAGAUAUCAAUACAUAUCUAACAGAUCAAAUGAAAAUAACUGGUGAUGAUUAUAAGGAUGUUGAAGAAAUGGAGGAGGAAGAAGAGGGAGAUGAAAAACUUAAUUAA